CUCCACAUGCCUUUCACACAGACUGCUUUACGUGUGUCCAUAUUCUACAACUAUUUCCUUCCUUGAGUGAGACGACUGCUGGUCCAACUGUCAUUGUGGAACGUUUGAUGAUACUAUCCGGAGGAGAAACUUUAUUUGUAUGUUGGAUUAAAGAGUGGGCGCUCUGUGAUUUGUCUCAGAGGAUCUCUGGAUUUAUGGAUUACCUUGACGGAUCCUUGGGGCAGUUCAGGAACUUCCAGAAGGAAGAUUUUGAAGUUGACUGGAUUAAGGUGGCAGAGAGCAGAUUUGGUCAAGUGUACCAAGUUAAAUUCAAGCUGUGGCGGGAGAAAUGUGCGCUGAAAAUCUUUCACACCACACUGUGUGCAAACAACUUUUACAGAAUAACAAGAGAGGAGGUGUCUAAGAUGGCCAAAAUCAAAUUCAAGUACAUCAUGUCCAUUUACGGCUUGUGCACCAAACCACAUGCGUUGGUGAUGGAGUUUAUGAGUAACGGCUCUCUGAACAACCUCCUGGCCAGUCACUCUUUGAUGUGGCCAAAGAAGUUCCAGAUGAUUCAUGAGACAUCGAUGGGUAUGAAUUUCCUCCACAGCCUGAAACCGCCACUGCUCCACCUUAACCUUAAGACGUCCAACAUCCUACUGGAUGACCACCUCCACAUUAAGAUUUCAGAUUUUGGCCUCAUCCACUGGGAGGAGGGCAUGAACAAGAAAUUGUUCAUUGAGCAUCUGACAUCCAGAGGGAACAUAAGUUACAUUCCUCCAGAGUCAUUCACGCAGUACCCUGACCCUCCAGGAACCACCUUUGAUGUCUACAGCUUUGCAAUUGUAAUGUGGGAGAUUCUGACCCAGCAGAAGCCUCAUUCAGGUUGCAGUGUGACCUCAGUGCUCCUCCAGGUUUCACAUGGUAGACGACCAUGUGUAAAACUGAUAGCAGACAACAAGCCUCAUGAGUGUGAUCAGAUGAUCAGCAUCAUGGAGCAGUGUUGGGACCAGGAUCACAGGAUGAGACCAGAAUUCUCAGACACAGUGAGGCAAACUGAAGCUCUGAGUGAAAUCCUGAAGAUCCCUGAUGCAGUCAAGUCUCAGAAGUACAGCGACCAAGGACAGACGCGGAAUUACCCCUGGCUGGUUACCCCUGGACAUAAAAUUGUUUUGCCUGAGCCCUCUAACCUUCCCUCAGGUUAUUGCCAUGGUAAUGAUGGCAUUCUGUCACUGCUCUCAAAGAAGGAGUUUGUCAGUUUCAGGCAGACAGUGAAGCGAGAGGAAGCCUGUGCAGUAUUCUCAGACAAAACCAGCCUCCUUCACCACACUGUAGCCAGCGGCGACGCACCAAGUGUGCAACACGUCCUGCAUCUGGGCGCCAAGGUCAACUGCACCACUGCCAGAGGUUACAGCCCUCUCAUUAUCGCUGUCCUCUACAGGUUUCACAAUAUUGUCUCGUUGUUGCUGGAACAUGGGGCGGAUGCCACGCAUGGAGACGAGGACCAGUGGACAGCGCUUCAUUUUGCUGCUCAGAAUGGCGACGACAGGUCUGUACGUCUCCUGUUGGACAAAGCCGCUGUUGCUGAUGCCAAGGAAAAAGCCGGCUGGAUGCCUCUGCACCUAGCCUGCCAAAACGGCCACGAAGCGGUGGUUCGUCUCCUGCUUUCACGGCUGUCAAAUGAAGCAGUUGGAGAAAAGGAGGACACUCAAGGGAAGACGCCACUCCACCUAGCCUCCACCUUUGGACACGUCAGUAUCGUCAAACUACUUCUCAGUCAGAGAGCAGAUCCCAGUGUGACGGACCGCUCUCUCAGUACGGCUCUGCACACCGCGGCAGAGGAAGGCCACAACCAAAUAGUGAGACACCUGUUGGCGAGUGGGGCUCAUACUGACGAUGUGGACAGCAGAGGCUGCACGCCACUUCUCCUGGCUGCUUUGAAGGGUCAUACCGGGAUAUGCAGGCAGCUGCUGUCAAACGGGGCUAAUGCGCAGGCCAGGACCUUUCAAGACUGGACACCCAUACACCUGGCUGCCUUACGGGGACACGAAUCCACUGUGGUCCAGCUGGUGAAUAAGGGAGGCAGUGUGGAUGCUCAGGGUGAGAAUGGAUGGACCCCUCUCCACCUUGCCUGCUACCAAAGUGAGCCCGAUGUGGUUGCUAAAUUACUGCUAAUGAAAGCUAACCCCAAUGUGAGGGAGCACAGCGGAGGUUGGACACCUUUACACAUAGCCUGUGCCGGUGUCAGCUUCCCGAGUGUCCUCCACCUGUUGUUGUAUCAUGCAGAUGUCAAUGCAGUAAACUGGGGAAAGGUGACUCCGUUACACUUAGCGGCCCAGCACGGCUGUGUUCCGAUUGCAAAGGCUUUGCUCCUGAACGGUGCGGACAGGACAAUGCUGGACUCUUCUGGGGCCACGGCUUUGAAUGUGGCCCAAAAGUGUGAAAAAUGGGAUAUGGUGCAACUGCUGCAGGAAGGAUGCAUUCCUCUCACUAAUGAGAAGUAUUCCAGAAAUGUUACACUGGACAAGUUUGACUUCUACUUCGGUAUUGUUUUGCCUGAGCCCUCUAACCUUCCCUCAGGUUAUUGCCAUGGUAAUGAUGGCAUUCUGUCACUGCUCUCAAAGAAGGAGUUUGUCAGUUUCAGGCAGACAGUGAAGCGAGAGGAAGCCUGUGCAGUAUUCUCAGACAAAACCAGCCUCCUUCACCACACUGUAGCCAGCGGCGACGCACCAAGUGUGCAACACGUCCUGCAUCUGGGCGCCAAGGACUGCACCACUGCCAGAGGUUACAGCCCUCUCAUUAUCGCUGUCCUCUACAGGUUUCACAAUAUUGUCUCGUUGUUGCUGGAACAUGGGGCGGAUGCCACGCAUGGAGACGAGGACCAGUGGACAGCGCUUCAUGCUGCUCAGAAUGGCGACGACAGGUCUGUACGUCUCCUGUUGGACAAAGCCGCUGUUGCUGAUGCCAAGGAAAAAGCCGGCUGGAUGCCUCUGCACCUAGCCUGCCAAAACGGCCACGAAGCGGUGGUUCGUCUCCUGCUUUCACGGCUGUCAAAUGAAGCAGUUGGAGAAAAGGAGGACACUCAAGGGAAGACGCCACUCCACCUAGCCUCCACCUUUGGACACGUCAGUAUCGUCAAACUACUUCUCAGUCAGAGAGCAGAUCCCAGUGUGACGGACCACUCUCUCAGUACGGCUCUGCACACCGCGGCAGAGGAAGGCCACAACCAAAUAGUGAGACACCUGUUGGCGAGUGGGGCUCAUACUGACGAUGUGGACAGCAGAGGCUGCACGCCACUUCUCCUGGCUGCUUUGAAGGGUCAUACCGGGAUAUGCAGGCAGCUGCUGUCAAACGGGGCUAAUGCACAGGCCAGGACCUUUCAAGACUGGACACCCAUACACCUGGCUGCCUUACGGGGACACGAAUCCACUGUGGUCCAGCUGGUGAAUAAGGGAGGCAGUGUGGAUGCUCAGGGUGAGAAUGGAUGGACCCCUCUCCACCUUGCCUGCUACCAAAGUGAGCCCGAUGUGGUUGCUAAAUUACUGCUAAUGAAAGCUAACCCCAAUGUGAGGCACAGCGGAGGUUGGACACCUUUACACAUAGCCUGUGCCGGUGUCAGCUUCCCGAGUGUCCUCCACCUGUUGUUGUAUCAUGCAGAUGUCAAUGCAGUAAACUGGGGAAAGGUGACUCCGUUACACUUAGCGGCCCACGGCUGUGUUCCGAUUGCAAAGGCUUUGCUCCUGAACGGUGCGGACAGGACAAUGCUGGACUCUUCUGCCACGGCUUUGAAUGUGGCCCAAAAGUGUGAAAAAUGGGAUAUGGUGCAACUGCUGCAGGAAGGAUGCUGAUAAAGAAAGCAAUACAAAUGUAACUGAGAAGGUAGCAAUAGACUUAGAGCAGACAUGUCAGGAGGGUUUCAAGGUCAAUCUGUGGUACAAGCAGGAUAACUCUGCCUGGAGCAAUA